AUGAUGACUGAUAUAGAUUCUGAAGAUGACGACCUUGUGCUGGAAGGCAUGAUGGAUGAUCUGGAUGGUCUCUUGGAUACCACAGGAGAUGAUGACGACAUUGAAGAUGUCGAUGACUUGGAUUCCUCGUUGGCGGAGGUCAUGGCAGAAGCGUCGGCUCUCUUGGACUCUGAAGAAGAAGCCGUGGAGAAAACCAUUCAGACUAUGGAAGCCACGCAACUGUGCGUUCAUCCCGAUCAUUCUCAUUCCUUUUCCAAAGUAACGUUUACGUUGGGGGCGUCGCUGCGGAAAUGUGCCGGAUGUCAACAGCCAUUCAAGUCGACCGUUAGUACCGUCUUUGGUACUUCCGACGCGGAUUCGGCCGAACCAGCCGAUCCGUCCAUUGUCAAAUGCGUGGCAUGUGGCGCCAUGGCCCAUCGAUCCUGUGCCCUCAGUUCCACUGUCACGUGGGACGAACCAUGUCCCAUUAAUGGACAAAGGGCACCACCCCCUGCGGCAGCCCCACCGCCGCCACCCGUGGUGACGGAUGAGGAGGAAGAAAAUUACGAACCACUGGAAGAAAACGAAGAAGCCAUAGAAUUUGAGGUGGAUUUAGAAACCAAACUCAGCAGCGACGAUAUCAAUCCAAAGGCACGAAAGAGCAAUCGACGACGUACCAGUUCCUUUACCAGCAACAGUGAUGAAUCCAUGGCCACACAGGAACUGGAAGAUGAAGAAGGAGUGGACGAAAUUUUGGGAACUGACGAAACAGAUCCAGCUGCAGAAAAUGGCAAGGAAAAUACAACCAGCAACCAUGGGGAGAGCAGUAGUAACGCACACAGUCCCAAUGGAACCGCCGCGAGACGGGCCAUUUCCAAUUUGCUAUUUCCCAACAAACAAAAAGGAACGGAUAAUAAUAAUCCGUAUGCCGAUCAAGAGGAAGCACAUCAAGAUAAUAGUCAAGAAACAGCACAGAGUGACAAUAAUGCUGUUGCUGCCGCUGCCGCUGCUCAAGACACUACUACCAACUCCAGAAAGUGGUUCCAAAAUUCACCCAUGGCAGCCAGGGCGACGCGAGGAGGGAAGCGGACAGAGGAAGGAGGUAGGACCUGGUUUUCGUCUUCCCCUGGUAGCAAGCAGAGCGACAACACUAAAGAUGACAAUAAUAAAACAGAAGAGAGCACUCCGACAAAAGAUCAAAACGAUGUCAAUACAGAACCUCCACCAGCCAAUGAAACACCUCCGAGCAGUUCCAGUGGAGGAGUGCCCUGGUUGUCAUCCUCGGGAGGUGCUGUACAGGAAGAUUACGGAGAUGAUGUAACCGAAAUUUCAAACACCAGCAAUCAUGCUGAAGGGGAGGAUGCCACAAAGACUACGACAGCGGAAGAAGCCAAUAGUAAUGAAAACACGGGUGGCCGACGGUGGUUCCAGAAACGAAGGCCAGCAGAGAAUGAGGAGGAGGGAACACCAACGGCAUCACCAAUGCGACUCAGGACGCUCUUCUCCAAAAAACGAACAGCCAGUACGGAUGACAAUACCAACAUAGCAACGCCAACAGACGAGCCUGUUCCCGCAACAUCAGACGCACCACACGAAGCGGUGGUAGAGUUUUCCAACUUUUUGGAUGUUGAAACUGGGGAAGACAACAGUGAAGAAAUCAUAGAAUAUGUACCUGUUGGAGAGGCAGAAUUUUCAGAGUUCCUCGACGUGGACGUGGACGACGAUGACGAUGACGAUGACAAUAAGGAACAAACAAAUAAUGAGGUGGAAGAAAAAGAAAAUGACCAAGGCAACAACAACAACAAUCCUGCAGCUGACAAAGACGACAAUACCAACUCUGCAACCGAAAAGGUACCCCCACAGUCCGAAGAAAAGCGAGCUCGUGUAGGGUUUGGCUUGUUUCGACGGAAGAAAAAUGCGGCGAGCAACUCCGAGGAGGACACGAGUGAACAAAAUAGUGAGGUUGUUGGAGCCUUACAAGAGAAUCCAGAAGAACAAGAGCCAGCAGAGCCAGAAGGAGUGGCAGACACUAAAGCAGAAGAUUCGGCAGCUGGGGAAGAGGGAGAAAAAGCGCCAGAAGCAACUAUCGCAGCAACGACCAACACGUCAAGGUUUCGCCUCUUCGCCCGCAAAGGCAACGACAAAAGUGAGGCGGUGGAAACAUCGCAGGAGACGGUAGAUGACUCAAUAAAAGAAGAGGCAGAAGUAAUGGAGGAAACAGCAGAUGGCGACCAGAAGGAUUCAGAAACUGGAACUGGCGAGGAAAAUCGCGCAGAGCCAGAAGCACCAUCGUCGACCACGACGUCAAGGUUCCGUCUCUUUGCUCGCCGCGGGAACGACCCAGUCAAGCCACAACAAGAAGCCUCUGAUGGCGAUGUGGUGGAUGACGUAACUGAGGAACAACCACAGGUAGCACAAAACAAUACGCGCGCAUCGUAUAUUGGUUCCUUGUGGAGGAAAACCAGUGUGAACGAUGAUCACAAGGAAACUGCUGCUGAUGAUGCUGAGGUUAGCGGUGACUCUAAUCCAGAUGAGGAAUGUGAACAGCCAAAUUCAGAGGCAGACACAGCCCCCGCCAAACCUUCCCUUCUCUCUCGUGUCUUUUCACCUGCAAAAAGUACGAACACAGACGAUGACAAUGAACAAACCGAGGAACAAGGCCCCAAAACAGAUGAAGCAAAUUUGGAAGAGCCAACAACUCGCCGCUUCCUACGAUUUUCGGCCAGAAAAGUAGCAGACUCGUCCACGGAUGAGUGUGGGGCACAAACGCAGGGUGGGCCAGCCGAUGAAAGCUUGAAGGCAGCGCCAAGAAAAUUCUCUUUGUUCGGUUUUGGAAGAGCAGGAACGGAUCCUGCAUCGGAUGCCAAUAACGCCAAUGAAGCAAUCGAUGUUUCAUGGGCUUCUGAUGAACCGCCGAGCCACUGGGCAACUGCGACAACGGCUACUUUCCAGAAAUCGAACGAAGUGAGCGAAGAUGGCGAUGGUGGAGAAGACGACGAAGAAGGCGAAACGAAGAGCUCGCCUCUACACUAUGCCAACCACCCGUUUGCAAGUGUUUCGCGAGCUCUCGAAGACAAUAUCUUGGCUCUGCACAACGGUGAAAGUGCGGGCGAAAAGUCCACCUCUGAAGAAGAUGGCGAAGAAUCCUCCGAAGACAACGCGAGCUUGCACAGAAAACCAAAGCCGUCUCUCAGUUUAAUAGUCUCACCCGACCUGCCAGAGCCAUCAGACGACAAUGACGCAGCAAUUGGUGAAAUUAGACCCGCCCCGGCCCAGGACAGCACCUUGAUGAAAGUUGCGACUGAUACUUACGAAGUGGCAAGUGCAACUUAUCAAGCUGUCACGGCCACUGCCACGGCACAGAAGAAACUAGGAGUUGCCUCUGUUGCGGGCGGAAUUGCGGGUGGAGUGGCUGGCCUUAUGUUUGCUGGUCCAGCUGGUGCCGUAAUGGGCGUGAGAUACGGUCGCACCGCUGGUGCAUUAGGUGUCAUCCUGGAAGGAUCACUGACCGUGGGUGUCAUUGUCGCUGGAGUUGCUGGCGGGAGAUUUACGGCCGAGAAAAUCCAAGAACAGAUUGAAGAUCACAGAGUGUUGACGAUUGGAGAGACUGGAGUCGCUCGCAAAGUCAUGCUGGUCCGCCCAACAAUUCGCAUCGAUCCUGUGUGGAAUGAUAUUAGCGCUGAGGCCCAGCGCACAGCGCCUUCCAGCUCGUUUACCUUAUUCUCCGAUGGCUUGAAAAAAGAUCGCUACGAAAAAACUUCUGAUAUCAUCGAAGAGGACGAAAUCCCUACCGAUGAAAAGGUUCUGCUCAUAGUGAGCAGAGUGCUUAGUGACAAAGACAGUUUCCCUGGACACGUCUACCGCAGCCUGAUGCAGGCGUUCACGGACCGAUGCGAGCAGCGAAAAGAGCUAAUGGUUGAACUUGCCAAGAACAAAGAGGAUUACCCGCAUCUUUUCGAUGGCCCCUCAUCGGACUCGGCGGACACUGAGGAUUCUGUCAACAUGGGAGAUGGCGUCAAGCUGUCUCUUUCUCCUCGCGCACGUCGCGAAGACGCCCACGGGGUAAUUAAGUACAUCACUGGCACGCUGCUGGAAGUUCGUCCAGGUCUGGCAUCAACACCACAGAUCACGGAGACAACGGCAUCAGUGGUUGAGGCGCUUGUCUUUGGACAGGUCUAUGAUCUUGUGUAUGAAGAAAUUGCCAUUGAGGCCACCGAGAGAGACAAGAAACUGCUUGAAAAGAUUGAUGAUUUCGAGUUCUCCAGUCAAGAGCGCACUGGAAAGCCCUUACAGACGGAGGGCGUCGUUUCCAAGGAAGCCGUUAGUGCACUUCGACAACUACCUGAAACGCACUCGGCCGCCGACAAGCUACGUCACUGUGUCGUGUUUCUUGAAAAGCUCUCAGAUCACUUUGCUAAUGUUUCUUCCAAGUCGGCCAUGGGCGCGGACUCCUUGCUGAAAAUGGUUUGCCAACAUAUCAUAGCCGCAAAGAUGUCCUAUAUCAAUGCCGAGGUUGCCUUCUUGGAAGAAUUCGCUCGUGACGAGCAGCUCUUGCGGGGCAAGGAAGGCUAUGCGUUAGUUACUUUACAAGCUUCCCUGCACUUUCUCAACAUGAGCAAUGACUUCGAAAGAGAUAUCUUUGGCCAGGACAACGAUGAAGAGAACGUCCCUCUGGUGGAUCCGAAUGGCGAGCAUGAUGACGAAGAAAACACUGACAAAGAAUCGGAAGCAGAUGAGAAUCUCGAACACAUGUCCACGUCGUCUCAGAGUGCAGACGAAAAAAGCAUAACUGAAGCCGAGGAUAGAGAGGAAAAGAAAGAGGAACCGGAGCAGGUCGUUGAAGAAGACUUGAUCUAG